GAGGGCUCAACAGUUCAACUCUGGGCGAGCGGAGAGGACUCAGUCCGAGGCAGAGGCUCCUUCCGAAGAUGUGAAGACAAGCACCGUGUUACAGAGCCGUAGUAGCUACUUCACACGUUUCACCGAGUCAUUUGCAGUAAAUGCACUUUGCUGCAGUCACUCGUGAUUUUUCUUUUUCUUGUUUUUUUAAACGUUUUACAUUUUGUGAGCAGUCGCUAUGGCAGUUCAGUUCACAUCCGGGCCACAAUGCAUUGACUCCAUUAUUGUCUAAAACUGGCGGAGAGGUUGAUAAACCUAGUUUUUUUUUUUUUUUUUUUUUUUUUACACUUAAAGACUGAUUUUUAUUACGUGCGGUGAAGGCUGGAACCAAGAGGAGAUGUCUAACCAAGGAGUCCGGCGGAAUGGCCCUGUAAAGCUCCGAUUAACAGUCCUCUGCGCCAAAAACCUGGUGAAAAAAGACUUCUUCCGCCUACCUGAUCCCUUUGCCAAGGUUGUUGUGGAUGGUUCAGGGCAAUGCCACUCCACAGACACUGUGAGGAACACACUUGACCCCAAGUGGAAUCAACACUAUGACCUGUACAUCGGAAAAUCUGAUUCGAUCACCAUCAGUGUGUGGAAUCACAAGAAGAUUCACAAGAAGCAAGGGGCUGGGUUCCUGGGCUGUGUCCGCCUUCUGUCCAACGCGAUCAACCGCCUUAAAGACACAGGCUACCAGAGACUAGACUUGAACAAGCUGAGUCCCAAUGACAGUGACACAGUCAGGGGCCAGAUAGUGGUGAGCCUGCAGUCUAGGGACCGGAUAGGCACAGGAGGCCCUGUGGUGGAUUGCAGUCGGCUGUUUGACAAUGAUCUUCCAGAUGGCUGGGAGGAGAGGAGGACGGCAACUGGACGAAUCCAGUACCUGAACCAUAUCACACGCACCACACAGUGGGAGAGGCCUACCAGGCCUGCAUCAGAGUACUCCAGCCCUGGCCGGCCUCUCAGCUGUAUUGUGGAUGAGAACACGCCCAUCAGCACAAACGGGGCCACGCCCACCACAGCAUUGCCGCCUAGUGGCAGUGACCAGCGGGCCCAGGAGAGAAGGGUCCGCUCCCAGAGGCACCGCAACUACAUGAGUAGAACCCACCUGCACACGCCCCCAGACCUCCCUGAGGGCUAUGAGCAGAGGACCACGCAGCAAGGCCAAGUGUACUUUCUUCACACGCAGACAGGUGUCAGCACGUGGCAUGACCCCAGAGUACCAAGAGAUCUGAGUAAUGUGAACUGUGAGGAACUGGGUCCUCUACCGCCUGGAUGGGAGAUACGGAACACUGCCACUGGGAGGGUUUACUUUGUCGACCACAAUAACCGAACCACGCAGUUUACUGACCCACGCCUCUCGGCCAACCUGCAUCUAGUCCUAAAUCCAAGCCCCAACGGUUCUCGAGGAGGCAUCGAAAGUCAGAAUGUCAGUCGUCAGAACCAAUUGAAGGAUCAGGUCCAGCAGGCUCUGGUGUCCCCCGGUCAGCUCCCAGAGGAGGCCGAGUGCCUCACGGUGCCCAAGUACAAGAGGGACCUUGUUCAGAAGCUCAAGAUUCUCCGCCAGGAACUGUCCCAGCAACAGCCUCAGGCUGGCCACUGCCGCAUCGAGGUGUCCCGUGAGGAGAUCUUUGAGGAAUCGUAUCGACAGGUGAUGAAGAUGAGACCAAAAGACCUGUGGAAAAGGCUAAUGGUGAAGUUCAGAGGCGAGGAGGGGCUUGAUUAUGGAGGAGUAGCCAGGGAGUGGCUAUAUCUGCUGUCGCAUGAGAUGCUGAAUCCGUACUACGGCCUGUUCCAGUACUCCCGUGAUGAUAUUUACACACUGCAGAUAAACCCUGACUCUGCUGUCAACCCUGAGCACUUGUCGUACUUUCACUUUGUGGGCCGUAUUAUGGGGAUGGCAGUGUUCCAUGGCCACUACAUAGACGGAGGCUUCACUUUGCCUUUCUACAAACAACUGCUGGGUAAACCCAUCACUCUGGACGACAUGGAGUCUGUCGACCCUGACCUACACAACAGCCUUGUGUGGAUCCUGGACAAUGACAUCACAGGUGUGCUGGACCACACCUUUUGCGUAGAACACAACGCCUACGGAGAGAUCAUCCAGCAUGAACUCAAGCCCAACGGGAAGAGCAUCCCCGUCACCCAGGACACCAAGAAAGAGUACGUCCGGCUCUACGUCAACUGGCGUUUUCUGCGAGGCAUAGAGGCCCAGUUCCUGGCCCUGCAGAAGGGCUUCAAUGAGGUCAUCCCCCAACACCUGCUAAAGUCUUUCGAUGAGAAGGAGCUUGAGCUGAUUGUAUGCGGCCUGGGUAAAAUCGACAUCAACGACUGGAAGUCCAAUACACGGCUCAAACACUGCACUCCAGACAGCAACAUUGUUAAAUGGUUCUGGAAAGCUGUGGAGUCCUUCGACGAGGAGCGCAGAGCCCGGCUGCUGCAGUUUGUCACUGGCUCCUCCAGAGUUCCCCUACAAGGCUUCAAGGCCCUCCAAGGUGCUGCUGGGCCUCGGCUCUUUACCAUCCACCAGAUUGAUGCCAGCACCAACAACCUGCCCAAAGCCCACACCUGUUUCAAUCGGAUUGACAUUCCUCCCUACGAGCACUAUGACAAACUGUACGACAAGUUGCUCACUGCCAUCGAAGAGACGUGCGGCUUCGCUGUUGAGUGAGUCACAGAUGCAGGCAGAGCUCAGCAACAACCAGAAGCAACAUGGUUUGGCCAUGAUGAGCCUCCCCUUACAAAUCAGUCCACUCAGACAGGCGUCAUCCACGGUUGCUUCACCCAAGGACAUCCAUACUUCCCGGGGACACGUGGCCAAGCUAAGGGAGGGUGGGCAGAGAAGACCAGAAAAUGUCAUCUGACUCCGGGGUUGUUUUGUUGUUGUUUUUUUUAGACUCUCCAGCCCUCCUUUAUGACUUUUUUUUAAUCAUUCAAAAGGAUCUCUUCAGCUGCUAAUAAAUAAGACUAUUUACUAACUUGUGGAACCUGCAAAAUUUGCUGGGUCUUCCCUUUUUUUUUUCUCUUAAGUUCAUUUUAGCAUUUAAAAAAAUAGACUGUAUUCCAUGUAGCAAUGUUCCAUCGAGCAGAACACAAGGUCAGUCCACUCUGAAACGACAUUAACAAGUCUGGUUUGUUUGCUAGAAUACAGGGUUAUUGAUGGUUACCACAGCCACUUGGAAACACUAAAUUUGGAUGCAGAGUGUGUGUGAUUUGGGCUGUUCGGUGCCUCAGUGAUCACACUGGGGCUAUCAGUAAUGCCAGGGCUGGAAAACGGUGAUGUGAGCGGAUGAGAAUGCAAGACUGGAGACUGAAUUAGGCAGAGCCCGACUGUUUACAACCCUCUCCAAAGACAGCAGCAGGGACCUCAGCUCCCGAGUUGCUGCCUGAACAACUAGCGCUACAUUCCCAGAACACCACUUUCAAACGUCUGACAACAAGUUUUGUUGAAUGAAUGACUGAGUGAAUGAAUUGCUUGAAAUGUGUUAUUUUUAUAUAACAGGGAAAAUUAAAAAAGAAACAAUAAAAUUCUAUAUAAUAUAUAUAAUUUAUUGUUGUUAUAUUUCAGAUACCCCUUUACAUUGUUCCAGAAAAAAUACAAAUCUUUUAAAUGUUAAGUUAACUGUUUAAAUUAUGGAAGACAAUUUGUGAAAACAGAAUUAAGCUUGACUGAAUUUCACUUAAGAAGGCUGUGUUUUAUUUCUUGACGUAACCCCUCUCAUACUGUACAAGGAGAGGUAUGUCUUCAAGGGCAAAAAAUCUUAAACACACUGUCGUGUGAGUGCCAUUAUCAUUUUGAAUGAAUGAAUGAAUCUUUGCAAAUAUUGAGCGGACCCUUUAAAUUCUACUGAUUUUCAUCCUGUAGCAACACAUGGUGGUGUGGUGUGACGUUUCUCUUCUAUUACCCUUUACAGUUUGUCAUUUGUAGCUGGGCUAUAUUAAUGUCACUAGCAUGAAAGCUACCAUUCAUUUCUAAUGGUACUCUGUUCAGAAGCGUCAUCAUAAUCUAUUUUGUGUUGCCUCCAUGUUGUUGAAAAAGAAAAACCUCUACUACCUUGUGGCCAUGUGGUGCUAAAUAGCAUUAACGUUUGUCUUAUAUUGGCAACCUUACUCAUUGACAUACUACUGCUUAAAGUGCACAAUACACUACUCGUGCUCAUACCUGCUUGUGGCCACAAAACACAUCCAAGAAACCAAGAGCUCUACCAAGCCACAUACUCAGGAGAUGUCAUAUGUAGUUUGUAAUGUCCUUUUAAUUUGACGACUGACAAGAAACUAAUUCUGACCAUUUGUCUUGAUUUCCUGAAUGUGAAACGGUUUAAAAAGUCUUGUCAUUUAAAUAAUUUUGCCCACAGUAGACCAUUGACAUAUAGUAAUCGUUGCAUGUGUCCAUGUGCUUUUGUUUGUUUUGAAAGGAAAAUGAAUGAGAUGAACUUGUGUUUUAGCCUGCUACACAGUCCCCAUCAGUAAUGUUUUCAUUUAGAGGAAAGGGGAUUGUUUUAUACGAUUUAAAAAUUAAAUUGUUGAAUGUUUUCAAAAGAUGCUGCCUGUCUAGCAAUCUCUAUGACCGUGGACUGUUCUUAACGUUUGCAUACACACAAAAAAAAUGAACUCUUAAUUUUCCUUCUUUUAUGUGGACUUGUGUGUAUGCAAAGUGAAAAGUGUCCUCAGAUGGUGCUUUGUACAGUAAUAAGAUAUUGUUCAUAUGUGUGGAUCCAACGACCUGUAAUUUAUCUUUUAACUUAAGUAGAAGAAGAUUUUCUUGAAAUGGAAAAAAAGGAAUUGCACACAAACAGAACAAGGUCGCCGUGUGUUUUUAACGGUGACUUCUGCAACGGAUAUUCAUUCGCCUUUUUAAGUCCAGUGCACAAGCUGAUCACCCUACUGUCUGUUCCUACACUACAUCGCUCAGCAUUGCCCCGUAGCUGCCUCUCAUUGAAGAACUGAACUUUUUAUUAAACAAGUCAAAGUUGAGAGAGAUUUUUGAGCGCUUUUGUUUUGUUUUUUAAUAGCAUGAUCCACUAGCAGGACUAUAUCUCUCAUAGCUGACUGAUGCAAUUUGAUGUAUGUUAACACUAUCAUUUUGUAAGAGUAUUUUAUUUUUGUGUGUAAUUAGUUCUAAUUAAACUUGCCUUUGUCUAACAAUGUAAGGCCUUGUACAAAG